GAAAGAGAUAGAGAGAGAGAGAGAGAGAGAGAGAGAGAGGCACAUGGAAAAUCUUAUUAAUCACAUGAUCUUGGUCUCGACUUUGCAUAGUUUCUUUCUGGCCAUUACUCAAAUAUAUCACUUCUUUGUUUGUGUGGCCUGCCCGAUUGCUGAAGCUCUCUCUGCAUUUCUGCACAAAGGGUAGAGAGUGAGACAGAGAAAAAUGACUUCUUCUGAGACUUCAGCCAAGAAAGGUCAUGCCGUCUGUGUUCCCGCUCCAUAUCAAAGCCAUAUUAGUGCUAUGCUGAAGCUAGCAAAGCUUCUCCACUUCAGAGGCUUCCACAUAACCUUCGUUAAUAACGAGUUCAACCACCGACGCUUGCUCAAAUCCCAGGGCCCACGACCCCUGGACAGCUUGCCAGACUUCCAGUUCCGUGCAAUCCCAGAUGGCCUCCCUCCCUCUGACGAGGAUUCAACUCAGGAUGUCAUUCUCUUGUGUGAAGCCACCAAGAAUUACAUGUCUGCUCCAUUUUGUGACCUUGUCAGUAAUCUUAAUUGUCAAAGUGCAACCUCGAGCAGCAUUCCUCCAGUCUCCUGCAUUAUCUCUGAUGAUUUCAUGUCGUUCGCUACUGAUUCUGCAGCUGAGAAGUUCAAAGUCCCAAUUGUUCACUUCAUACCCAUCUCUGCCUGCUCCCACAUGGGAUACAGACAUUAUCGAACGCUAAGGGAGAAAGGUCUAACACCAUUAAGAGGUCCUUCUAGAGAUAUCAGCUACUUGACGAACGGGUACUUGGACACGGUAAUCAACUGGAUCCCAGGAAUGGGAAACAUCAGACUCAUGGACCUCCCGACCUAUCUCAGAACAACCGAUCCCCAUGAUCCUAUCUUUAACUUCACGAUGGAAACAGCUGAGAGGUCAGACAAAGCUUCGGCGGUCAUCUAUCACACUUUUAAUCCUCUUGAGUCCGAUAUUCUGACAACUGUCUCCUCCACCUUUCCCCCAGUUUAUGGAGUCGGUCCUCUCCAUCUGCUUCUCAGUAAGGUACCGGAAUAUGAUCAACUGAAGCAUAUACAGAGCAAUCUACUGAAGGAAAAUGCAGAGUGUAUCCAAUGGCUCGACUCCCAGAAACCUGACUCUGUGAUUUAUGUUAAUUAUGGGUGCCUAGCUAUCUUGACACAACAGCAACUGAUCGAGUUUGCAAUGGGGCUGGCAAACAGCAAGCAUCCGUUCCUGUGGGUAAUUAGGCACGGCCUAAUCCAAGGGGAGAAGGAAGUAGCUUUACCCCCUGAGUUUUUUGAAGAAACACGAGAUAGGGGAAUGCUUUCCAGUUGGUGCCCACAAGAAGAAGUCCUGAAUCAUUCGUCUAUUGGUGUGUUCUUAACACACUGUGGGUGGAAUUCCGUGCUCGAGGCCAUGACAGCAGGAGUCCCAAUGCUCUGCUGGCCAUCCUUCGGGGACCAGCGGACAAAUUGCACUUACAUUUGCGACCGAUGGGAAAUUGGAUUGGAGAUAGAUAGCAGUGUCAAGAGAGAAGAAGUGGAGAGGCUUGUGAAGGAGCUGAUGGAAGGAGAGAAGGGCAAGGACAUAAAGAAAAGGGCCAAGGAAUGGAAGAAACUUGCGGAUGAAGCAACUGGCCCAAAUGGUUCUUCUUCAAUUAACCUGGACAAGCUCAUCAAUGAGGUUCUAAUCUGGGAAAAGGCUGAUUUCUAGUGGUUCUGCCGGACUUUUCCCCAUAAACAUAGGACCUUCUUCCGCUUAUUUUUCUUUGUUACUAUCUUGCUUCAGUUAUUUUUUAUUUUAAUAGCCAUUUCCACUUUCAAAGUUCAAAGUUUAUCAAACCCCACCUGACGCUUCCCAUAUGCUCUUCGGUGGGAUAAGAGACUAUGAAAGAUGGACGCAGCUCAAUAAACAUUUUUGUGGGGCUUUGCUAGUCCCAUAAGAUAGAUUGCUCAA